AUGCUUUUCACAUUUUUUAUCGCCAUUUUCUUAUUUCUACUCGCCUGGAAAAUGUUGGUUUUCUAAAUAUUUUCAAAAAAAAAAAAAAUUUAUUAGUUUGGAUUUUUCACGUGACCUUUAGGUGGAUUUUGAGUAAAUUGACCUUUCAAAUUUAUUCUGAGCCAUUUCGAGAUUGUAUUUUAAUCCAAUCCAAUCCAAAAAAAAAAAUAAAUAAACGAGCAAACACGCUCUUUCGCUAAUGGUCAACACAAAACUUUUAUUAUUACACCCGAGAAAUGGGAAAAAGAAAAGUGUCUCCUCGUGGACUCUUCUCUACGACUAUGUGCGCAAACUAUUUAUUGUUGUGGUUUUGUACGUUGAAUACCAUUUUAGUUUAUACAUUCAACGAAACGCACAAAAACGCCAACAUACGCAGGUUUGCACACUAAUGGGAAACGCAUUGUGUUGUUGUUGUCAUAAAUCGAACGAAGAGCAGAAUGCGCAACUAACUGAUGUGAUAUUAUCAAGACAGCCGCCAGUUUCAGGUGAGAAUCUCUUUGAGAAUGACAUUUUCAUGUUUUUUAAGCAAGUGAGUUGAAAUAUUGGGUUUUAAUGUCAUUCAUAUGAUAGAAUGGUCUAAGACGAACAUAAUGAUAUAAAUUUUUAUGACUUUACCUUAUCCAUAAAUGAUUUAGCGACAUUUAGUCAAUCGACUCGGCUUAUCGACUAAACGUCGCUAAAUCACUUAUGGAUAACGUAAAUUCAUAAAAAUUUAUAAUAAUUCUGUUCGUCUUAAACCAUUCUAUCAUAUGAAUAGAAUUAAAACCCAAUAUUUCAACUAACUUGCUUAAAAAACAUGGAAAAACUAUACUGAUUGUGAGACCCAAAAACCCGUUCAAUUUGCAGAAAACACUCGCGGAAAUUUGCUCGUCUUUAUCAAUCCGCACAGUGGACGCGGAAAGAGUUUGGAAACUUUUGUAAAUACAGUUGCACCACGUUUAGACAAAAAUUCGAUUAGAUAUGAAGUGGUUAUCACAAGUAAGUUAUUUUCAACAAGGAGAAGCAGGUGGUAUAUUCAGAAUUUGCCUCAAAGUUGCUAAACACGAGUUUUUUUCUCAAAUUUCAACUUUUCUCGCAACUGUGAGACAAUUCUGAAUAUAUCCUCUGAUUCGUCUUUUUUCGAGGAACAAGGAGAACUAUUUAAUUUUUCAUGAAACCCAUUUUUAACUGUGUAACUUUGUAAAAAAAAAAAAAAAAGCUGAAAAUUCAUGAAAUGACACUGUGCCCGGAACGCGACAGCAGAGAAAAUGUUUUGCCUCUACCCUUUUCUCAUACUCUCUCGUGUGUCUCUUUUUCUCUCGCGUCUCUUUACAACCCCACACACUCUCGCUGAAAACUGACUUUUGAAUAAAAACCGCAAUUUAAAAGCUUGAAACUCGGAAUUUCGAAGAAGUAAGAUGAUUAUCAGAAAGAGGAAGAGUAGUAGAACGCAGAGAUAUGAAAUUCACCCAAAAAAGUUCUGGAAACGGCUUUCAAACACGGGUUUGAAAAAAGUAAAUUUCUAUUUUUCAAUUUUUUUUCAUCCAAAAAUGAAUUUUUCCAACAUUUUCGUAACAAAUCUUGUAGAGAAGGUUAAGCUGGUUAGAUUCCAAUAUCAAAGUCUUAACAAUGAUAGCUACUUCAUGAAAUUAUCGCUCUCAAAGUUUCAUACAUGGGCAAGUUUUGGCAGAAAACCAUGAGUUCAAAUGAACAUUAUUUGAAAUUGUGUUUUAACAACAAUAUAAUAUAGGUCUUUCUCUUUCAAAUGAUGUAUAAAACUUCAGCUUUUUGGAAAUAAUUCGAUGAGAAAAUCCAGAUUUGGUUUCAGAAGUUUUUUCCCCAGAAAAAAAAAAAGAAUGGCCGAGAUUUUUUGUUCUGGCCGAACUAAUCGGAAACUCGGCCAUUGUUGCGCUCAGGGCACAGUGAAUGAACCGCCUUAGUCCGCAAACACGGCGACGCGCAAAUGCACACAAACACGCCUACCGUAUCCCUAUUUUUUUUUAUUUUUCAGCCGGUCCAAAUCACGCCAAAACCUAUUUAUCCACCAAAAAAGACCUUGGAAAAUUCAACGGAAUUGUGAUUUUAUCCGGAGAUGGUCUAGUCUUCGAAGCCCUCAAUGGCCUAAUGUUACGCGAUGACGCUUUUCAAAUGUUCCCAUCGUUGCCAAUUGGAGUUAUCCCAAGUGGCUCAGGAAAUGGCCUGCUCUCAUCGAUUUUGGCAAAGUAUAAAGAAUCACUGGAGCCGAAAAAUGUGAUGACAAAGGCGAUCGAAUUUGUGACAUCGCCUAGUGCAAAAGCUGAAGCGGUUGCGCUUUUGCAAAUCAAAACUGAUACGGCGGAUUUGGUUGGAUUUUUGAGUAUUGGAUGGGGUUUGAUGGCGGAUAUUGGUGAGUUUUUGCUUUGGAAGUGUACUUUUUUGUUAACAAGUUUAUUUUUGCAGAUAUUGAAAGUGAAAGAUGGAGAAAAUCACUUGGUGCACAUCGAUUUACCGCAAGCGGUUUCAUCAGAAGUGCAUGUAAGUGA